UCCGAAAUCCACACACAUUGCCCAUUCAUUCCUUUCUUCGUUCUUCCCGUCCACAUCCUUAAUUUCUCUCUCUAAUAAGUUUCCCUUUUUUUCACUUCCAUAUAACUGUUGCCUUCUUCUUCUUCUUUUAGUCCACACACAAUUCAGCUUCACUCUCUUUCUCCCAAUACACCAGCAGUAAUGGCCUCUGCUACAGCACCCACUACCCUUUCUCUUCUCAAGACUACUGCUUCUUCUUCCUCCACCACCCGGGCCCGCGCUUCCCUUCUCCCUGUUUCUGGCCUCCGCCCCACCACUCUUCGCCGUCUCGGCUUCGCUGCUGCUGACCCUGCUUUUUCUCACCACGUUGCAUCAAAAAUCCGUUCUUUUGGUUCUGGCAAGGCGUCCAGGGCUGUUGUCUCCAUGGCUAAGAAGAGCGUUGGUGAUCUGACUGCUGCUGAUUUAAAAGGGAAGAAGGUUUUUGUAAGGGCUGAUUUGAAUGUUCCUUUGGAUGAUAACCAGAAAAUUACUGAUGAUACUAGAAUUAGAGCUGCUAUCCCUACUGUUAAGCAUUUGAUUCAGAAUGGGGCUAAAGUCAUUCUUUCCAGUCAUUUGGGAAGGCCAAAAGGUGUUACUCCAAAAUUCAGCUUGGCACCACUUGUUCCCCGAUUAUCAGAACUCCUUGGCAUUCAGGUUGUGAAGGCUGAUGAUUGUAUUGGUCCAGAAGUAGAAAAAUUGGUGGCUUCACUUCCUGAAGGAGGUGUUCUUCUCCUGGAGAAUGUGAGGUUUUACAAGGAGGAGGAAAAGAAUGAGCCUGAAUUUGCGAAGAAGCUGGCUUCCUUAGCAGAUCUCUAUGUGAAUGAUGCAUUUGGAACUGCACAUAGAGCACAUGCCUCAACCGAGGGAGUUACAAAAUUCUUAAAGCCUUCUGUUGCUGGCUUCCUCUUGCAGAAGGAGCUGGACUACCUGGUAGGUGCAGUUUCAAGCCCAAAGAGGCCAUUUGCUGCCAUUGUUGGUGGUUCAAAGGUCUCAUCAAAAAUUGGAGUUAUUGAGUCACUCCUUGAGAAGUGUGAUAUUCUGCUUUUGGGUGGAGGAAUGAUUUUCACAUUUUACAAGGCACAAGGCCUGUCAGUGGGUUCAUCCCUGGUUGAGGAAGAUAAGCUUGAUUUGGCAACAUCUCUCCUUGCGAAGGCCAAAUUGAAAGGAGUGUCUCUUUUGUUACCCACUGAUGUGGUAAUUGCAGACAAGUUUGCUCCCGAUGCAAACAGUAAGGUUGUGGCUGCCUCAGCCAUCCCUGAUGGCUGGAUGGGAUUGGAUGUCGGCCCAGAAUCUGUUAAGACAUUCAAUGAAGCUUUGGAAACCACUAAAACUGUCAUCUGGAAUGGACCAAUGGGAGUGUUCGAGUUUGACAAGUUUGCAGUUGGAACAGAGGCUAUUGCAAAGAAGCUAGCAGAGCUCAGUGACAAGGGAGUCACCACAAUUAUUGGAGGUGGAGAUUCUGUUGCAGCUGUAGAGAAAGUAGGAGUUGCUGAGGUUAUGAGCCACAUAUCAACUGGUGGUGGUGCGAGCUUGGAAUUGUUGGAAGGCAAAGAGCUUCCAGGUGUUCUUGCUCUUGAUGAAGCUACACCAGUUGCUGUGUAAGGUCAAACUGAUAUAUAUAUAUAUAUAUUUUUUUGUCCCACAUCCCUGUCUGAUCAUCAUCAUCUGACUGUGGUUUAAAAAAAUGAGAAAGGGUUCUUGUAGAAAAUGUGAGUUGAUGUUGUAAAUUUUUUUUUCAUUAUCAUAAAUGCGAGAGGUCCCAAUUCCCGCUGUUUCUUCAUGCCUAAAUAGACAGCGAGGAUAGAGCCAUCCAAGUUCUUAAAUAAAUUAUGAAAUUAUUCUUCA